AUGCCUCCGAGCAGUGGCACAAACCGAAUGGCCCAGUAUGCCAGGAAUGCAUCCAUGGACUCGGGCCUGCCAAACGGAAGCAACAACCCGUUGAACCAAUUGCGCCCAGAGGCAGCUGGCUUCCCUACUCGACAAACCAUCACCGAGUCUGCGAGGCUACCUGCCCCCAAGCCUCUCGCGUCUGCCAUACCCUUGGCGUCCCACCUCCGCCAGCCUGAGCUUGGCCCUGCCCAACCUCAAUCCGCACCGCCCACGCAUUCUCGUCUGCCUCUGCCCGAUAGCUCCCCGCCUCCACCGCAACGAAAGCGAUCCAACUCGCAGAGCAGCGAUGGGCCUGGUUUCUGGCCCGAGUCUCACAUAGAUAGUCAGUUUGGCUCGCCUACCACCCAACGCACUGAGCGAUACGACGCCGGCAUCGACGACCGCCUUGGUGCGCUGCCGCACGCGCUGCAAGCCGCUGCCGAAGUGCCUGCGAUGCCCAAGUUUGAGGAUACCCAUCAGCAAAUGGGAAACAACGGGAUGCCGAGCUUCAUCAUUGGAAAGGACGGCUCCAUGAGAGUGAUGCCAAAGAACCAACAUGCUUUGCCCAUUACACACGGCGGCAUGGUUCACUCGCGAGAGCAGCAGCUUGAGCAGGAUGCAUACUCGAGCGAACCUCUCUACAACAACCACUCUCCGCAGCGCCAGACAAGGAUUGCCAUUCACCCCACAGCCGUGAAGCGACCGUACGGACCCCCCGCCUUUGAGGAUGAUGAGGAAGUCUUCUCCGACGCUCCAACCCGUAGAGUUCCACAGCCUCAGCAAAGUUUGAGGCGUGUUAUCAGAAGAGAUAGGCCUCCGGAGUCCCGGCGAGCCGAACUCUUUCCAGAGGAAGAAGACGUCGACGGCAGCCUGGCUAGUGACUAUCCUGUUACGGAGGACGACCACGGCACUCCCCGGGCUAGUCGUAAGAAGAGUAUGCCAACGGAGGUGCCCCCCCUCGAAGGCCCACUUCCGAUUGCGGCCCGCGGCCAGCGAGACAAAUCACGGAAGCGACGUCGUGAUAAGUGCGACUACGGAGAUGAAGAGCUCCAGAGGAUGACAUACUCCCAACUACGCGAGCAACCCUUUGACGAAGAUCCUGCCAAGACAUCCCUUCCAACGGCUACGCCUCUGAAUGGUGACAGUCUUUCGGCCAAGCUCGAACAUUUCAAGGACCAGCGCGAACCAGACCAGAAAACAUUCUUUAGUCAGAUGAGUGUUGGCGACUGGGAACGUUCCGGUGACUGGUUCCUGGACCAGUUUGGAAUUGUUGCAAAGAAGUUGAAGGAGGCCCGCAAGGAGAAGCGAGACAUGGUUGAGCGCUUCGAGACGGAGAUUGCCAACAGGGAGGAGGCAGUUCGCGUCCGGACGGAGAACAUUACGAAGAAGCUGAGCAAGAUCCGCCACAAGGGCGAAGACAUGUUGGCAGACAAGGAGGUUUGA